AUGGUGAACUUUUAUCGCCGGUUUCUCCCAAACUGUGCCGACACCAUCCUACCUCUGACCAAUCUCCUCUCAGGUUCUAAACGCACCUUUGCACUUACACCAGCCGCACUUACGUCCUUUGAGCAGGUAAAAGCCCUUCUGGCUGACGCCACCAUCCUGACUCACUUUCACGCUGAUGCACCCAUAUCUCUGAUGGUCGAUGCUUCCAAUGUUGCUGUUGGCGCGGUUCUUCAACAAAGUCUGCCGGAUUCUACCGUGCCUUUGGCUUUCUUCUCCAGGAAACUAUCCAAGGCCGAAACCCGCUACAGCACAUUCGGACGUGAACUUCUCGCCGCUUAUCUUGCCGUAAGGCACUUCCGGCAUUUACUCGAAGGUCGAGAGUUCACAAUUUUCACUGAUCAUAAGCCACUCACGUUUGCAAUACAUUCCCACUCUGACAAGCUAAGCCCCCGGGAGAUCCGUCACCUGGACUACAUUUCGCAGUUCACUUCAGACAUCCGCCAUAUUGACGGGUCACGGAAUGAGGUGGCUGACGCACUGUCAAGGCCCUCCAUUGCUCAUCUUCAGCUUUCACCCGGGAUUGACCUCGCUGAGAUCGCCGCUGAACAACGCCGUGUCGGUCCACCCUGUGAUGAGGAUGUUUCCGGACUCCAACUUCAGGAACUACCACUGACAACUGGCAACGGCACCAUCUUAUGCGACGUAUCCACCCCUUCCCAUCGUCCAUUUGUGCCUCCAUCUCUCCGCCGCAAAGUUUUCUCCUCCCUGCACAAUCUGUCUCACCCUGGGAGUCGAGCAACCGACAAGCUGGUUUCCGACCGCUUCGUCUGGCCUGGUAUGCACAAGGAUCUCAAGGCAUGGACACGGGCUUGCAUUGCCUGUCAACGGAGCAAGAUCCAGCGGCACAACAAGGCCCCCAUUGGUACCUUCCCCGGCCCUGGUUCAAGGUUCAGCCACGUUCACCUGGACAUUGUAGGCCCCCUGCCUCUGUCCAAUGGCUGCUCCUAUCUCCUUACCUGUGUGGAUCGAUUCACCCGGUGGCCGGAAGCAAUUCCACUGCCUGAUGUCGCAGCUCCAACGGUCGUCAAGGCUUUCCUCAGUCGUUGGGUUGCAAUUUUCGGUGCUCCCUCCAUUAUCACGACUGACCGUGGUGCCCAAUUUGAAUCUCACCUCUUCCAGUCUUUACUCUCCUUUUUAGGCUGUACUCGCAUCCGCACUACAACCUAUCAUCCGGCAGCCAACGGGAUGGUCGAGCGGUUUCACCGUCAGCUGAAGGCCUCCCUACGCGCCGCAGACGAUCCGGAGAACUGGACAGACCACCUCCCCCUAGUCCUCUUGGGCAUUCGCUCCUCCCUCAAGUCGGACCUUGAUUGUUCUGCCGCUGAACUCGUCUUCGGUGCCACCGUCCGACUUCCCGGUGAGAUGAUCUCGCCAACCCCACAAGGUUCGGUUGAGGAUCCCACCAACCUCCUGCAUCGCCUCCGGCAAUUCCUGCGGACACUUUCUCCGGUUCCGCCCAGGCCAUCCGUCUCCGAAUCUUACCUCGAGAAAGAUUUGGCGACAUGCUCUCCGAUGUGA